GGCAAAACACACACACUUGCAAACACACACUCAGAGGGAGCUGAGCGGCGAGUAUAAAAGGGGCGUCCUUCCCACUCGACACAGAAGAGCUCUCCUAAUUCUCACGCCCUCCCGAAACACGCUGAGACGCUUUUCUCAAGAUGACUGUAGGUCUGUGUGUGUGUGUCGUGCUGGUGGUUCUGUGUUCGAGCUGUCUGGGACUCCCCUUUUCCUCCCAGCCUUUAGAUGGUCAUCGCUCCAUCUCUGCUCCUUCCAGAGCUCUCCUUGAGGCUGAUCUUCACAGCUUGGGAGAAACCCACUUCCGACACAGCCGCUCCGGCCCCCAGAUGAAAGCUCUUCCUCUGGCUGAAGAGGAUGCAGACUCCCGCGCAAACCUCAGCGAGCUGCUCGCAAGACUCAUCUCCAGAAAAGGCUCUGUGCGUAGAAACUCGAUGGCGAACAGAAGUGGCGGCCUGAGCCCCAGCCAUCAGUUAUCAGACCGGGACUACUUGGGGUGGAUGGAUUUCGGCCGGCGCAGUGCAGAAGAGUACGAGUACUCCUCAUAAGGAGACGUCGCUUCGCUCUACUCGGGAAAAAGCAAAUAAAUAAAAACAUCCAAGCUCACUUUAAGAGUCUAUUUAUGAUGUAUUUGUUGUACAAUUGUUUGUAAAACUGUAAUAAUGCAAUAUUCAUAUUGUAUGCCAAAUUUUACAGAAAAGCUCUCAUUGUUUGAUUCUCAUUUGUUUCUUUAUGAUUUGGGGUAAAAAAGAAGAAGAUUUGGGUCUGUUGAGGCAAACUGGACUGAAUAAAAACAAAAAUAACCUC